AUGGCCAAUGGCUCCAGCACAGGGGAGCGGGAUCGGGCGGGAAGUGCUUGGCAAAAGGGCGCGCGAGCAGGGAUAGGCAUCCAGGGACAGGUCCGGGCUACCUUAUUCACAUUGGUAGCGGAGCUGUGGCCUGAAGAGCAUCUGUCGUUACUUGGACCCAGGGCAGCACUUCUCGUGGAAGGCGCCGCGUUCCAAAAGGUGAGCCGCAUCGCGCCGGACAAACUCAAGAGCCCGGAUGGAGUCAAGAUUCUAGCAGAGCAGCUGGGAGGGACGUGGGGAAGACUGCAAGUAGAGGAUAAAUUCCACUACUUUGAGCAAGCCAUCUACCAGACCCAGCAAAAGCAUGAAGAAACAAAUGACUCCUACAUAGCCAGACACGAUGCCCAGUUCGAAGAGCUGCUUUCUCGCAAGGUCCAGCUGGAGGAGAUCCGGGCCUACAUCCUGUUACGUCAUUCGCAACUUGCGCCGGAAGACAAGAAGCGGGCGAUAGUGGAGCCCAAAGGCGACCUCAAGUACGCCGAGACGAUCAAGGCGAUCAAGCUGCUUGGCUCGCGCUUCUUUGGCGAACUUCAGAACAGGAAUGGCUCCAGCGCUGGCACCAGCCGAGGGCAAGAGCGAAACAAGGUCUAUGACGUGAACAUGACCGAGGCCGACGACAGCGAGGAGAUCAACAUGGCCACCUACGACGAGGAAGUUGAUGAAGACGAGGCUUUCGCUUACUUCUUCGAGCAGUGCGACCAGGAUGCACUCUACAUAGCGGAGUUCGAGGUCGAAGUGUCCCACCUUGCGACCCUCGACGGCGAGAACGAGGAGGGCAGCGACGAUUCCGACCCGGAGUUUCUCCAGGACCUGCUGGAGGACGCCGUCAUGUAUAUGGAUGAGCUCAGUAUCUCCGACAGCCAGGCCGCAGACCUCUCGAUCUCUGGAGACCAGACGAUCGAGGACAUCCGUCUGGUGGCCACCGUGGACCUGAGCGAGUACCUGGAGGUCAAGUACACCCGGCCGCCGGGAGUGACCACGAUGGAAGCUUGGGGCAAGACCAUCUUGAGCGAUGGCAAGCACAAAGGGAAAGAUCACUCAACCGCCUUUGCCCAGGACCUCGACUGUGCCAUGCUGAACUUCCAGAAUUAUGUCCGCGCCAGACUUCGCAAGGCAGCAAGGAUUCUGGUGAACCAGUCGAGCGACAAGGAGAUCAAAACGCCGGACCAGACCGAGAAGGAGGACGGCUGGGAGCGGAUCUCCGAGGGGCCAAUGGGACACAAGACAGUGACCGCCCGGAAGCGCAUCACCAAGGACAAGGGUCACCAGAAGAGCAGUUUUCAGCUCUUUCCGACCGAUGGUUCUCUUUCGCUGGAGACCCAACUCCAGAAAGAGAACAUAAAGUCAAAGGUGAGCGCGGCAGAGUCGCACUGGCUAGGCAGAGUAGAGUCCCACGGCCGGAUCCUGAAAGACAUGCUUAGCCGCAUGGAUGCCGAACAGGAGAUUGGCGAUCCCGUCCUGCUUGUCAGGGAUUUGAAGCUGGAGAUUGGGUGCUCUAUUGGUGAACCGGAAAGGGACAUCAUAAUGGAGGAGGCUAGGGCACCCGAGUAUUUUGAAGUUCCGGUUCCCGAAGACGACGAGGACCUUUUGUUUGGAGACACCGAAUGUUUUCUUGCCUUUCCCGAAAAUGGACAGGCUUGGGAGAUGACUCUCCAUGAAACCCAGGUGAACUGGGACGACCUUCCUUCGGCACAGCAAGCUCUAGAGUAUGUCAUGCUAGCGACCCCAGAUCGUAAGAAGCGAGUAGAGGUUCGUAUGCGGGAUUUAACAGGGGAUGAGCGUGAGCAGUUUGAGCAGGCCAAAGGAAAGGAAGUAGGGGCAUGGCUUAGUCAUCAGACAGUUCGUCGGGUGUCUGCAGGAUCUUUAUCUGAUGAGCAGCUUUUGCGAUGUCGGUGGAUCCUGACCUGGAAGGCUCCUGAACAGCCUGGAGGGCCACGCAGGGCUAAGGCACGGUUGGUGGUGUUAGGGUUCGAGGAUCCUGGGCUAGGGGAUAUCCCGAAUGAUGCACCGACACUUGGAAAAGAUGCUCGACAGCUGAUACUGCAAAAGGUGGCGGCCAAUCGGUGGAAACUAAUCAACUUUGACAUCUCAACCGCUUUCUUGCAGGGCGAGGGGGAUGGUCGCCAACUUGGCAUACACCCGCCGGAGGAACUCAGACAAGCCUUGAAGAUGAAGCCUGGGGAACAGGAAAAGUACAGCUUUGGGUCGUACGAGGAGGGUGAAUUCACUUUCACGGGCAUUCACUUUAGACAGUGGGACGACGGCAGCAUUGAAUAUGAUCAGCAGGAGUAUCUGGAACGCAUCCAGCCGGCUCAUAUCCCUAGGCAGAGGCGGAGUGAGCCGGAAGCCCCCCUUAAUGCUGAUGAGGUUCACGAGCUUAGGCGUUUGAAUGGGAGCAUCCAGUACGCUGCUGUUCACACGCGGCCGGAUUUGGCAGCUAAGGUAGGAAUGUUGCAGUCUGCGGUUCCUCGUGCUAGAGUUUCGCAUUUGAUGGAAGCCAAUAAACUGUUGCAUGAAGCCAAAUCGAAUCCUGUCUUGCUGAUGACAGUGCCAAUCCAAGAGCCACACGUGACUUUCUGUUCAUUCUCCGAUGCUUCUUUCGCUUCUAGUCGGGAUAGUAACUCUUAUCAGGGGACACUGGUGGUGGCAACGGACUGGCGGAUGCUGUCCAACAAGCAAGCUGUGAUCGCGCCAAUGGCGUGGUCAAGCCGUAAGAUUGCUCGGGUGGUGCGCAGUACUUUAAGCGCUGAAGUCUUCUCUCUGUGCAAUUCCAUAGAUCGCAUGUCUUGGUUGCGUUUGUUCUGGGAAUGGAUGAAAGAUCCAUCCGUAGACAUUUCCCAACCUGAUCAGAUUCUCAAGGGAGCUCCCAAAGCUGCGCUAGUGACAGAUUGUAAGAGCGCCUUCGACAUUGCAACGAAGACGGCUGUGCCUAGUUGUACAGAAAUGCGGACCCAGCUGGAAUGCCUUUUACUAAGGGAGCGACUCCAGGAGAAUUGCCAGAUGCGAUGGGUACAUUCCAAAGCUAUGUUGGCGGAUUGUCUAACAAAGACUAUGGAUGGUAGCGAUCUUCGUAGGUGCUUGGCCAGUGGUAGAUACGCCUUGUUUGAUGAGAAUAAGAUCCUGGCUGAACGGCAGGGGAAAAGACAAUCGCUAAGAUGGCUCCGGAAGGAACUUGAAGGGAAUGCAAGCGCAGAAGCUUAA